AUGACUGACAGUGAGGGUGAACAGGUGGUCGGUCACGUGUCAGAUUGUAAGAUGGUGUGCCACAAGAAGUGCCUCUGCAAAAUUGUCACAGACUGCUGCACGUUUUGUGCCAAAAAGAGUGACGAGGAGUCGGGAGGCCUGCACUUUGGGGUGCGCUUGUGUCACCUGACCAGUGAGGACAACCCCAUUCCCAUAGUGCUGGAGAUGAUGCUGGAGCAUGUCGAGAUGAACGGCCUGUUAACGGAGGGAAUCUACCGCAAAUCAGGCUCCGCCAACCGCAUGAAGGAGCUCCACCAGCUAAUGGAGACUGACCCCCACGCAGUGUGCCUGGAGAACUACCCCAUCCACACAGUGACAGGGCUGAUCAAACAGUGGCUGAGAAAGCUGCCUGACCCCCUCAUGACCUUCACUCAUUACAAUGACUUCCUUCGGGCCGUGGAACUUCCUGAAAAGCAAGAGCAGCUACAUGCCAUCUACAAAGUGUUGGAACAGCUCCCCACCGCAUGCUUCAACACCUUGGAAAGACUUUUCUUCCAUCUAGUCAAAGUGUCUAAAGAUGAGUCUCACAACCGCAUGUCUCCCAACUCCCUGGCCAUCGUGUUUGCCCCCUGCAUCCUCCGCUGCCCAGACAGCGCUGACCCACUCAUGAGCAUGAAGGACGUGGCCAAGACCACCACGUGUGUGGAGAUGUUGAUCAACGAGCAAAUCAGACGCUACAAUGAGAAGUUGGAGGAGAUCGAACAGCUGGAGCACGCUGAGGCUCUGGCCGUCAACCAGCUCAAACUCAAGAGACAGAACACGCUGCACUGGCAUUUGCCCCUCAGGGUUUCUGCUCCUUACAAAGGAGUGGUGGUGCAUGAGAAGAAGUGCUCUAACUUGACGGUGGUCCCUGAGAACGAUGAGCCACUGGACUCUGACACGGAGGCUGAGAAAAACCUGAUGGAGCGCAUCAAGUCUAUAAAACAAGAGAAGGAGGACCUGGCCUGCAGACUGCCAGAACUGGAGCAACCUGGUUCUGACCAGGACAACCUGGACUCUGAGGCAUCGCUGAGUUCGGAGAGCCUGUUGGGCGAGCGCUGCAACAACUCGGAGCCCGAAGGGAGAGGUGUUUUCCUGUUGAGUAAGGCCAAGCCGAACUGCCCUCCCAAGCCUUCUGACCUGGCCCAGAGACCUAUGUCUCCAAAGGGGUGUUCCUCUUCCCCAAACCUCAUCUCCGAUGUUGCCUUUGGCUCCACCUCCCGGCUCCAGCUACCACGACGCCGCCCCAUCAUCCCCGACACGGUGAAGCUGCCCCCGGGCAUCCACUCGCACCCCCACUGUGGACCUCACCCCCUGCCAAUGGGGGCUUCAGCCUGGUGAAGAGGCGGGAGCAGCCCGCCCGACGCAAAGACAGCAUCCAGUCCCUGUACAUCAGCCCAGACAAGGACCUGUUCCCCUCUCCUCCCUCCCCCUUUCCACCUCCACUCCACAGAGCCUCCAGACCGCCAGCAAGGCCCUCAGACGGUUCUCAGACCCAGACGUCCCCUAUGUAGACGAGGCCUGACACAGACAGGAGGCACAAUAGAACUUCAUAUCUAUGGCGUUCCCCACAGCCUGGGGGAUACAGUCCGUUAGUGUCACGGUUGCCAUGGAAACCGAUCAUGAACGUGUGUUUUAUAUUCUUGUGACUUAUGACUGAUGAAAACAGGAUGUGUCAUCAAGCACUUUGUCUACAAUAAAUAUAUUGUGGUUUUUUAAGAGACAAUUUAAAUCCAUUUUGUGCAGAUGCAUGGACUCCAUGGAUGUUUUAUUUUUGUUUUUAUUUUUGAAAUACGCCCUUGAUUUCAUGAGGGAAAAACUGCAGGUUAUUGCACCUUUCUUUUCCCAGGUCUCCUUAUGAGAAGACCUGAACAGUGUUCUCAAUGUAAUGUCAAAAGUGCCUUGAUUUGUACAAAUUCAUUAUUUCUAGUUUAAAUCUACAAUGGGGGGGGAUUUUUGUAUGAUACUCUUGUACUUAUUCAUUGAAAUUAUACCGACUCAAAGACAUACUGGAACGAGGAACAAAACACUUUUGAUGCAGUUAUGGUCCCUUGAAAUGCCUUGUCGGAAAUGGACUCUCCUCAAUUUCCUCCCAGUAUAGGAACUGCUUUCACUUGUCAAAGGGGUAAUGAGAGCAGCUCUAGCCACUUUCCUCCUGGAUGAAAACCACCAACACUUGUCAAGGGCUGCGUGCCAUGUCUUACUGGACCUUUUAGAUUCUACUUUCUGUCAUAUUUCCGCAGCUACAUACAUACGGCUUCAGUCAACUGUGCUGUACCUGCCACUCUAAGUCAAUGGGAGGGUCAGGGUGCCUAUAGACUACAGACGACCCCUUCAGAAGUUGGGUUUGAUAUUUAAUACUAAUGUCCUUCUCUCAGACUGCUGUUGGAUUUCGUCUGUCUGUGUACUGAGGAAAUAGCAAUUGGGAAUGUCUGGGAUUGAAUGAUGUGAGCUGUAACAGGACAAUACAAUGCUUGUAUAUGC